UGACAAAAAAGGAUUGGGGGAAAAUUGACGGAGGGGUGGAAAUAUGAAUCAUAAUUCCAGGAUACCGGCGUGGACAAUUUGAUCGAUGGUGUCACAUCAAAUCGAAUAUCCCCUCUUCUUUUUUGCUAUCCUUUUCCUUUUUUUAUUUCUCGCUACGUUUGAAAUGAGGAAAAGACAAAACAGUUUUAUUUAUUUAUGUCCACCUUGGUAUCCUACUUCUCCCCGAUACUGGUUCGACAUCGUCGCUGGGAAUUGCCGACGCGAGCGGAGGAAUUGUGACGAGCACUGCUGCAUUAUUCUCCGUAUGACAGACACAGACACUGUUGCGAGCACAGCACGCUAUGGUGUCCUUCAUACGCCCACGUUUGACGCAUAUUCCCAGCCAUUGUCCAGAUAUGCACGGUCUCGCAUUCAACCUAGCCAGACUCAACUGCUUCUAUGCUGCGCGAGUCAUGUAGUUCAUUCCUUGUGUAAACGGAACCCCGAACUAAACUAAGUCUUGUAUGAUCAUACUAUAUCUCAAGAAAAAAUUCUAAACAUUGAGAAACGAAACCUCUCCUCCCUACCCGCAAUCAAUGGUAUCUGUAAUGAUGAAUGAAAAUAAAAUGCAAAGCAGAAGCAGAAACACCCCCUCACAGAUCCCUUCUGAGCAAUGAUUACUGUGAUUAUGAUUAUGAUCCUGCAGUGGCCAAUGUGCGAAGGCUGUAGAACAGAAGGUAGGCAUCUGCGUUGAGGACUUCGGCUUCCGAGGCGACGGUCACGCGGUCGUCGUUGA